AUGGACUCGCAAGCGCAGUUGCAGCGAACUCAUGGUCACCAUCAAGCAGAGGAACCGAUUAGGAUUCACCAUCAUCCAGGUUCAAAUUACAGAACUACAUAUAGAUAUAGCUUGAAGUUUAAAAAGGGUCUAACGAAUCUUUUCUAUGCAGAGGAAGAGGAGCAUCAUGAGAAAGGACCAGCAAAAGUUAUGAAGAAAGCCAAGGAAAAAGUAAAGAAAGCUCUUACUAAACAUGGUCAUGGUCAUGAACAAGAACUCUACGGUGCUGCACCAGAGAUGGUUAAUGUUAAUGGUAUUAACAACGGUUUAUUAGCACGAGGAAGAGGUCACCACAUUUCGGACACGGUGAGAGAGGAGUUUUUUCCGGACCCGAUGAAAGAGGAUAUAGUGCCUCCAGGCACGAAGCUUUUUCCGAUUGUGUCCGAGACAACCAGAGGAGUGGAACCAGUACGAGUCUCUCACGGACGCGAAGCACUGUCUCGUCCUGUAAGACCAUCGGGUGUGUUAUGA